UUUUUUUUUUUUUUAUUUAUUUAUUUCUUAUUUGUAUCGGUCUUUUAUAGAAACAAAGGAUUCUAUUGAGGAGAAACAAUUGGGAAACUUCUUUACGCUAAUGACGAAUGGCAACAAGUUUGAGCAAUUACCAUUUGAACUUAUUUUAAAAAUAAGUGAAAAUUUAAGAUAUCCAGAUAUUUGGUAUUUAGGUGCUUGUUCUCGUAAAAGUCGACUCCUAUCUCAUCAAGUACUCCAAUCAAAAUAUCAAAUUGACUUGCUGAUAGAACAUGGGAAAAGUGUCUGUAGCACCUUUGACCAUUUGAUUCAUGCUGCAGUGGCUUACUUGGAAAGACAUGGAAUAAUCAAACAAGAUUGUAAUAGAUUUCUUAUUGAUCCUUUUGUCUUACAAUCUGUCGCAAAUCAUAUGGCUAUCGCUAUUAAUGACAGAGUUAUCCAAGCACAAGACAAAAAUGAUUCAUUGAGUUAUUUGUUAGAUAAAACUUUAAGGAUCAUUGUUGACCAUCACUUAUUAGAUCCUGACUUGGGUGAUUAUUCAAUAGAUAAUACCAACAAGUCAACUUCUGUUGAAAGAAAACUUUUUCUUAAUGAUCGUGAAUGGAAAUUACUUCAUCUGCAACCAGAGGAAUCAUCCUUAACAUGUGUGCUGUUGGCAGAUUAUUUAGCAGUAUUACAUGAAACAUUAAGCAUCAUAUUUUAUGAUGCCUGCUUUUCGUCAACUCAUUGUCGUUUAUUAAUCAUGCAACUUCAACGUCAACUUACCUCUAUCCGCCUUUCUUAUCAAGACUAUCAUAUUGAACGCCUAUUACCCAUUGUUGAAUUACCUGGAAUCAUGAUAGAUGAUAAAAUAAUGAAUGCAGCCCUAAAAGAAAAAAGUAGAGAAUUUAUCCUUUUAAUUCAGUUUUUAUGUGCCUUGAUACAAGCUGAUUUACUUUCAUCAAGUGAUGUAGACCAGUUUGUAAAUUCACAUGUUCAUCGUUUCUUUAUAACGCAGCCUUGUGAUUUGCGUUACACUGUUGAUUCAUCAGUACCUGAUGGUAUCCUUACGAUCCUAUUACGCAUUUAUAAUAAUCAUCAUCAUAAUCAUCAUAAUCAAGAAUUGACAAUUAAGCAUGAUAUAAACACUAAAUAUUCUUUUUCUUAUCUUUGGAAACUUUGGCUUAAUGAAAUCCAAUUAAGACUUCAAGUUUUACUGGAUAUUUUGCGUUUUCUAAUUAUAAAGAAUAUUGCUAAUAGCAAUAGACGACAUGGAGUUGAACAUAUUACUGGUUUACUCGAAGAAACUAUUCAUGCUCUCUCAAUAACUUCAACAAUCUAUAAAACUGCUUCUUCAACAACAUUGACAAAUUCAACAUAAUAUAUAUAUAUAUGCCUAUUAUAUGGAAUGCGUUUAAUAUACAUACAUACAUCCAUGCAAAUAUAUAUAUAUUUAUUUAUUUAUUUAUUUAUUUAUCUAUUUAUAUAUAAAGAAAAAAAAAGGGGGGAAGGGAAUUCACAUAGUCUGUAUACUCUUCUCAUGCUAAGGGAGAUAUAAAAAGGCCUUUACUACAAAUGACAAAGCUUCUUUUGAUUUCUGUAUCAUUUCUUCAUUUGAAAUUAUCACUUUAUUUCCAAAGUAAAGGACAGUACAAGCCACUGAUAAGACAUCGAUCAAUUGUGGUAAAGUACAAUAAUCUU